AUGGCCUCACUACUACGCCAGAUCGUGGCCGGCCCGCGCGCCCAACACCCAGAAGCCGGACUGGACCUCUGCUACGUAACCGACAACAUCAUCGCAACCUCGGGCCCCAGUGGCACAUACCCCCAACUCGCCUACCGCAAUCCGCUUUCCCAGCUCGUCGCCUUCCUCGACAAGAAACACGGUGAUAAUUGGGCCAUCUGGGAGUUUCGCGCCGAAGGGACCGGAUACCCUGAUGAGGAGGUCUAUGGCAGGGUCAAGCAUUAUCCAUGGCCGGAUCACCAUCCCCCGCCGUUUGCGCUCGUGCCGUUGAUCAUGGCGAGUAUGCGCAAUUGGUUGACGGAGAGUAAAGAGAGGGUUGCUGUCGUGCAUUGUAAAGCCGGCAAGGGACGCAGUGGCUCCAUGAGUUGCAGCUACUUGAUCUCGGAGGAGGGCUGGAAGGCUGAAGACGCGAUACGCAGGUUCACAGAGCGCAGGAUGCGGCCGGGCUUUGGCGCUGGUGUCAGCAUUCCUAGCCAAUUGCGCUGGAUCAGCUAUGUCGAUCGCUGGACACAGCACAGGAAGGUCUAUGUCGAGCGCGAGAUCCAGAUCUGCGAGGUCCAUGUCUGGGGUUUGAGGGACGGUGUCAAGGUCAGUGUCGAAGGCUUUGUCGACGAAGGCCGUGUCAUCAAAAACUUCCAUACCUUUACCAAGAAAGAGAGGGAGGUUGUGCGCGGCGAGAUCAAGAAGUCUGGCGGCUUUGCCGAUGCAGUCACUGCGGUCAUGGGCAUGAACAGUGCAGAGAAGAACCUCCACCUCAAGCAAGCCGAAAACAUGGAAAAGGAGGAACAGGCAAAGGCAACGAAAGGCGCAGUCACAGAGGACAAGCUCCACAACGCUACCGGCGACGUCGUCUUCAGGCCCUCAAUUCCCAUCAUCCUGCCCACCAGCGACGUCAACAUCGAUUUUGAGCGCAGAAACAAAGCAGGCUACGGUAUGAGCAUGGUGACUGCUGUCGCCCACGUCUGGUUCAAUUGCUUCUUCGAAGGCCAAGGCCCAGAAAACGCAACCUCCAACAAAGCCCCUGCGUCCUCGGGUGUCUUUGAAAUCGACUGGGAAGCCAUGGACGGCAUCAAAGGCAGUCUCAANAAAGGCACAAAGGGCUUUGACAAACUCGCUGUCGUCUGGAAAGCCGUGGAUGAACCCACUCGGGGCAGAAGGUCUAGCGUUGUCAUCACUGAACCUCCGCCCGGCACCGAUGUCCCCGAGACAGGGGCUGCGGAUUGGCGAGGCCACGACUUCAACAACCCUUCUCCGGGUCAGGGCAGAAAUCUGGGCUUGAGAAGCGAGACACCAGCCAGCCGGGACGUAAGUCGCGCAAGCAGCACCAGAGAAGAAGAUGGCAUCGGCAGCGACACCGAAGGCGUGCAAAGCUAUGUUGAUGGGGGUGUCAAGGGACAUGCACAAGUUGCGCAUGAGAAGGAGGUGCAGGUACAACAUAGAAAAAAGGGUCCGUUGCCGUUGAGUAGAGAUCUCCCUGGGCCUGAACACAAGUUUGCUGAUGCGUAG